CCAAAUAUCCCAUUCUCAAAUUUUCUCUAAUCAUUUUCCUAAUCCAAACUACUUUAGCAUCAAUCCAUGGCAACUCAAUCAUCAUCAACAUCAUCCUACAAAGAAUAUGAAAUCCGACACCGUUUACCCGACCCAAAAACCUCAGCACUUCUAGUAAUCGACAUGCAAAACCACUUCUCCUCAAUAGCAACACCCAUUCUUCCUGCCAUAACAACCACCAUCAAGCUAUGCAUGCAUGCAUGCAUCCCUAUCAUAUUAACCCGCCACCGCCACAAACGCGGUGACAACGGUGGGGUUCUAGGCGAGUGGUGGGACGGGGAACUCAUCGUCGACGGAACCCCUGAAUCAGAGCUUAUUACAGAGGUAAGUAUGGCAGUGGAAGCGACGACGGAGACAGAGAUCGUGAAGGUGGUGGUGGUGGAGAAGGAGACGUACAGCGCGUUUCGAAAGACGGGGUUGGAAGAGUUGUUGAGAGAGAUGGGUGUAGAGGAGGUUAUAGUGAGUGGAGUGAUGACUAACUUAUGCUGUGAGACUACUGCAAGAGAAGCUUUUGUAAGAGGGUUCAGGGUGUUUUUCUCUACUGAUGCUACUGCUACUACUUCUACUGAACUGCAUGAGGCUACUUUGAAGAAUUUGGCUUAUGGUUUUGCUUAUUUGGUGGAUUGUAACAGUCUUCAUCAAGCUUUCUCUGCAUAAUAAUAAUGUAGAUUGUAGGGGAAUGUCUACAUUAAUGUGUUGAUGUACAUGUACUCGUGUAAUGUACUUUCUACUUUAAUGUGUUCAUAUGCCCAAAAUUAUGACACAAGUGCUGUUGUAAUUUGGUGUGACCAGUAUUAUGACUCAAUUUUCUCUGUAAUGAACCUUUGGUGGAAGCCCUGCCUGGAGAAUUUUUUUUUACCUAUAUAUAUACACAUAAGGGUGAAUUU